CAUUUUUUUUAAACUAACGUACAUUAAGAUGGGCGUAUAUCAAAUGAUGACACUAUCUUUUAUAUGGAAUUGUAGGAGGUCAUUUAUUCUGUGCCAAUGUCAACAGUUAUUUGAUUUGAAAUAAAUAGACUUGUCACUUCUGACACCCAAUGUCACUCUAAAAUCAUUUCGCUCACUCCUUCGGACCUAGAUCUUUCACUUUCAACUAUCUGUGUAGGUGAUCGAUAUAGGCAGAUAUCUGCACCGCGCUACUGACAGGCCCUAAAGUCUUUUCAAUACAAUAUUGCAAGAGAUCUAUGGAGCUCAAAUAGCAUAGGUAUAGUGAAGGCGAUGACCUUUACAAAUCAAGCUAAAUGUAAAUCCCAGUUCAUUCGUCAAAUAACUUCCGGUUCAGCUCCACUUUCAGGACAACAGUUUUAGGGUACCAAUACUUCUAUUGGCUAGUCAGACGAUUAGCAAUUGGUUAAGUGUAUUGAUAGUUAAUACUUAAGAGGCGAGUAGGUUUUAUUUAAAUUUAGUUUGUUAUAUUACCAAGUCUCUACAUGUGUCUGUGUUUGUUUUCCUUGAGUUAUAUGAUACAUCAAAUGAAAACUUGUGAUUAAUACGAGUGGAAACGUUUCACUGAAGGGCGGGCGUACAAAGACCAUUAAUUGUAUCCCUUUGCUGAUAUCAUUUUAAAAGCUACAAAAAUAGAUCAAGGGAGAACAUUCCAAUAACAAACUUUCAUGAAUGAAGGAAAAGAAAAUACACAGUUAUGUUUUCCUUGUCGCACUACUGCUAGUGUCCAUUGAUCAAGCUUAUAGUCAAGUGACAAUCUCCAAUUUCCCUACCAGCUUUGAAAUUCAUGAGAAGAAUACCUCCCAGUAUUACUUUAAAGACAUCACGUGUACCAGUGUAGAUAAAAUAUGUAUUUGUAACAUGAUCAAGUCAGAUCCAACGGGUGGACCCUUCGAUGUUUGGCUUAAUGGGAAAUCCAGUACCACUUAUGGACUUUACUAUGUCGGGGCUAACAACGGAAAGGCUUUAGACUACAGCUCCGUCCCUACCUAUAAACUGACCAUCGAGUGCCGCGAUGGAACGUCCGCUAACAAGGCAACGAUUGAGGUUGAGGUGGACAUAAUACCUAACAUUAUGCCCAAGAUUACAAACGCCAAAUAUCCCCAAGAUUCCGUUCAACUGGAUGCAUUCACAGUCACUGCCGCUGGCAGCACUAUUUACACUGUCACCGCCUAUGACGCUGAUGGUGACGCCCUUACGUGCUCCAUGAAAACAUCGCCAGUCGUGAGCUACUUUAAAAUUAUGACAACGUCCACCUCCACAUGUGAGAUCCAGACCACAAUAGACAUGAGAACUGCCACCGAGGCCAACGUGGCACUCACCGUUUCUGUGACAGAUGGCAGGGCGACUGUCAGUAAUUUUGUCAUCGAUGUCACAACAGAUCUCAAUGCAAGACCAGACAUCACCAACUUACCAAAGACAGUGUCAUUAAUUGAGGACGCGACUGGUGGUACCCUUAUAACAGCCUUGACCCUCACUGAUGACGUCAUAAGUACCAGGUGCACGGUGAACCCAUCAGCCGAAGCUUAUAAAUUUCGAUUUGACUCAUCAAAUCGUAUUUGGUUGGAGAAUCUGCCCAACGGUGCUCUCCCUUUAGAUUUUGAGACCACAGACAAGUACACCAUCACCUGCGUGGCAACUGACGGAUACCUGGAUUCUCUAAACGAUGUUCUAACUAUACAAGUGAUCAACAAGAAUGAACCCCCAGUGUUUGAUGAAAUAGCUUAUUACUGUGAUCUGUACGAGGGCUCUGCUGGGGUGUCUUCAUGUAGUAUUGAUGCCUCUGUAACUGACCCUGAAAAAGAUUCAAUAUUAUCCGUGAAUUUUAUCAAUGGGAACAACAGCAAUAGGUUUAGGUAUGACAAGUCAUCAUCUACCAUCUCAUUCAACGUGGACUACGACAUUGACCAGGCCACGGGGUACCCUGAGAACGUGGUGCUCCAACUGGAGGCCAAGAACAGAUAUGGAGCCACCAGUACAGCCCCAGUGUACAUUAAGGUCCACGACAUCAACGACAACACUUGUGACUUUGGCGCAUCAUCUACCAAAGUGUUCACUGCCAACCAGGGCACGAAGCUCGGAAGUUUAGGCAACAUCUACGCCGUGGACAACGACAAGACUGCGCCCAACAAUGAAGUGACCUAUGAGGUCAUCCAGGCCCUGCCCUCCGACUCAACGAAUUACAUUUCUGCGUACAGCGAUGGGUCAAUCGCUUAUAUUGGAAUUAUCCCGGAAGAAAACAGCGGGAAAACUUACACCCUCGUUGUGAAAUGCAAAGAUGGCGGAUCUCCCCAGAGGACAGCCGUGAGCACUGUUGUCUUGUCCUACCAGACCACGACCAGCUCCAGCACCACAUCAACUACCACCACGGCGACCACCACCACCGCGACAGCCAGCAGCACUACAAGCAGUUCAUCCAGCAGCAACAUCUUCGACAACUCUGCUUUUGUGGGAGUCUUUGCCUUACUGAUGACUCUGCUAAUACUGGGGCUCCUUGUCGGCCUCUAUUUUCUCUUGAAGUAUUGUGGAGUGUUCGGCGCAUGCUCUGGCGGAGCAGCUAGUCAGGGUGUUGCAGGGCAGGCAGCUUCUGGGGCUUCAAGGAACUUAUGCGGAGACAACUUCUGCUGUCCAAAACAAAAACAAGUUGAGCCUGUUGACGAUUACAUCAACUACGAUGUACGAACUAAUGCUGAUUACAAAGAUGCCUACUGGAAAACUGGUGAUAACUAUGAGUCUGGGCUAGGAUUUAAUCCCCAGGAUGGUAGUAAGCCCAAACCUCUGACAGGAUUCAGGCAUCUGGCUCUACCGCCUCCACCAGCAAUUACGACAACAUUUUAACUUAAAAUUUUUAAGUUCGAUGAAACGGCUUCAACAUGGUGGUCUUCCUUUGAAGUGAUCCUCUUCUAUUUAUAGAAUGAUUCGUUUACUACGAUCUGUGACGUUUCUCACGCAUGCGCAUUUACAAGUGUUUAUAACGUACUUAUUUUUUAAAAUCUAUAGCUAACAGUCAGUGUAAACAUGGAUUGCUUACUUUCUGGUGGAUAUAGAUAAAUCAGGUGGACAGUGGCGUCACUAGGGGGGUGCGGGGGUGCGGUCCGCACCGGGUGACACCCGUUAAGGGGAUGACACCCAAGUAAAAAAAUGCACUUUAAAUUGAAUCUAUUGAAUUUUUAGCUAGCACCUUAAUAUCAGGAGGCCAACCAAUAGUCACUGUUUAACAAAUGACGACAUUCUUCAGGCAUAAAAUAUGAUUGAGAUCUCAGAUAAAAUUAAUGUAAUUUUUUUAGAAUUUGAAAGGUCUGAAAGCAACACAUUUGACAUUUUGUGAGUAAAGAGUGUCCAUGAGAUGAUGGAAAUGUUAUGUAGAUAAAACCCUUAACACGUUUAUAAAUGUUUUAGCAAACAACAUAAAAAAUUCAACUGAAUUUUAAAAUUUAAUAAACACUCAUUUUAUAGUUGUUGUAUUUUUGUUACCAUUAAAAUAUGUAUUACAGCGCAACAAACGAACGAAAAAAAUUUUUUUUAAUGGGAGGUUGGGGGUGGACCGGGGUGACACUCUGAGCUGACCGCACCGGGUGACACCCACCCUAGUGGCGCCACUGCCAGUGGAUACAGUCAAUAUGCUUGGAAACAGUUAAAAUUGUUUCCAUAGCAACUGAAUAAGUAUAAAAUAAAAGCCAGUUAAAAUAAAUCAAUCCAUAUUUUGUUUUAGAAACCUUCUUAAAGUUAUCACAAAAAUGCUACGUUGAGCGACGUUUCAUGGUAAAAAAAAAAAGUGAUUAUUGUUAAUCCAUAAAUAAUGACAAGAUAUAUGUCAUACAAUGCAUAAGUAUCUAUAUAGUGUUUUGAAAUUUCAAUAAGUCAUUAGGUGUAAUGUUCAUUGAACAAUAGAUAGUAAAACUCUGAUUUCAAAUUAUUAAUGUAACAAACUCUAAACUGAUCUUGGCCUGGGGCUUAGAAUGUUGAUACAUUUUUGUCCCAUUUGCUUAUACAAUGAAGACAUGACGUUAAGAGUUUUAUAUUCGCUAUGCUCUGAAUAACAAUAUAGUCGUAUUCCAACUAAAAAUACGACAGUUGAAACUUGUUUAUAUUUAUACAUUUGUACUUCACUGUAUAAUUUAUCAAUCAGGAAGACCAAUUAAAUGUCUAUUAAAGAUGCUUAGAUAAGACUAAAGAAAUAUUUUUACAAUAAAUAUGACUGCAAUACAU